UCGCGGCCACCGUAGACAUCAGAAACAUUUUCCAAAUAACAAAACUGGUUGCUUGUCUCAGUGAAACGCUUAUCUUCGUAUCGGCUAGUAAUAAGCUUCGGCUUGCUUCACAGCUAAUCAAAUGAUAGUACAGUUAGGAACCGAACCUCACUCUUGAACUGACAAUUUAUGCUACAAAAUGGAAUACUUGCUCCAGGUGAAAAUAGGCGCUCUGAUCGGUUUAUUGCUUCUCACCCUUCUUUUUGGAUUCAUCCCUGCUAAAAUCAGAUGGUUCAGAGACACAAACGGGACAGAAACCCACCGCACAGUUCUGAGUCUGAUCAGCUGUUUUGCCGGUGGGGUUUUCCUGGCAGCGUGUCUCCUUGACAUCAUUCCAGAUUAUCUGUCAGACAUCAGUGUUGAGCUGGAUGCCUGGAAGGUGGAGACCAGUUUCCCCCUUCCAGAGUUCAUCAUGGCUGCCGGCUUCUUCACGGUGCUCAUUCUGGAGAGGAUUGUCCUGAACUGUCGGGAGAUGGGAGGGGCUCAGGAGGAGAGGGCGCCCCUUAUAAACGCCAGCAGAAAUGGGCACGGACACGGGCAGGGUCAAGGAACAAGCCCUGAUCUGGAGAGCAGCGGCCACCACGUCCAUGUUGACUUUCAGGCUCACUCCCCCUUUCGUUCCUUCAUGCUCUUCCUCUCCCUCUCGCUCCACUCGGUUUUUGAGGGUCUUGCUAUCGGCCUGCAGAGCACUGACUCAAAGGUAUUAGAGAUCUGCAUCGCUAUACUUGUCCACAAGAGCAUCAUAGUGUUCAGUCUGUCUGUGAAGCUGGUCCAGAGCGCAGUUCGUCCAUUAUGGGUGGCUGCUUACAUCGGUGUGUUCGCCAUGAUGUCACCUAUAGGCAUCGCCAUCGGCAUCAGUGUGAUGGAGGCUCAACUAGCAGCUGGAGCACUAAUCCAGGCCAUCCUGGAGGGGCUCGCAGCAGGGACAUUUGUUUACAUCACCUUUCUAGAGAUCCUCCCACAUGAGCUCAACUCCCCCGGGAAGCAGCUUCUGAAGGUGCUCUUCAUCCUGCUGGGCUUCAGCAUCAUGGCAGCUCUGACGUUUUUGGGCUGAGACCAGUCGUCAUAUCAGCUGGCAUAUCUGUCAGGAUGUGACCUGGGUGCUUUGUGCCAACUACUGCAGCAUCCACAAGUGUGUGGGUGACUUUUGUACAGAAAAACAAACUGUCUUCAUUAGAAAAGAAGAAGUGGGUUUACUGCCGCACUGUUACAUCCAACUCUGGAGUUUUUAAUAUCAAAGGGAGCAUGACAGCAGAUGCUGGUGUUUUAUUGCUUUCAAUAUACUUUUAAAACAUUUUAUAACGGAGCAGUCCAAAUGAAAUGUGUAUAUAUAAUUUCUUUUUAAGAGGAUUUUAUUUAAAGAGUAAACACUUAUUGUAAUGGUAAGUUUGUUGAACGACUGAGUGAAGCACAGAGAAAAGAAGUGACCUCAUCACUGGCCUUGUUUUCAAAUAUGCUUUGGACCUGCAAACAAAACCACAGUCUUUGACCUUUGACACUAUUGAGGAAACCACUGGAAACAAAAGGCCUGCGUUACGCCUUGUAAUUAAUUCAAUCAUGUCCGUAUAUCAGUGCCUCCAGAUCUUUGAUGUUUACAUUUUAUUUCAAACUAAUUCAAACGGGAAGCUUCUUCUUUCCAAAAAGCACUGUUUGUGCCUUUACUUUUGUUGAAGUAUUUCAUGGUAUGUUCUUCACCACAGGCUCAGCUGGAUGGUUGGCCUUUGUAAAGUGUUAUUGAUGGUGUUUCCACUGACUAUGGUUUAUUUGGUAAAUACUGGCAUUUUAGUGCAAUGCUUUUAGAUGUAGUUUCCAGCAUUAGGCUGCUUUUACUUCUCAUUACAAACUGGAUCAUCAGUCAAAAUGUCAUACUUUUGUCCAGUAAACUUGUGUAAAUGUAAACUGACUCCCUGAUGCCUUAAGAAGUUGUAUGCCAAAAAGAAAAGAGGGGCAAUGAUGAGAAAAUAUGUGGGAUUUCUUUUUAUUCUGUUUGCACUUUUAUAAUAAUCAUUCAUUUUAAAGAAUGAAUGAUUAUCUCUACAAAUGAGCAAGGCUAAAAUGUAAUUGGCUUUUAACAACCCACUAUUUAAACAAGGUGAUUGCUAUAUUAUACAAUACGUUGACCUUUGUCCUAGUUUAUCCCAUUCUGUUUGGUCACUUUGUCCACUUUAACUAGACCAGCCUGUUUGUGCAUUGUAAAUACAGAAAUUAAUGCUGCUUUAUUGAAACACCUUCUCUAUGUAGUGCUUUUAGUUCUCUAUUUUGAUUGUAGACAAAUACAGAUGCUUUACGUUUACUAGUGCACAUAUUUGUAUCUGCAUCAAGAAAUCAAACAGCAGGACACUACAGUACAGCACAUUGGGUAAAACUUAAACUACAGUAUGAGCCGAGGGCCAAAACUGUAUUUUUCAUGAUCCCCACAUGUAAAGUGGCUUUAACAAAGAAUGGACGACAAGUGACAAACAAUACAUUUUAAAAACAGUAGGCCUAUAGCACAGUUAAAGUAGGUCCAGUAUAUCUGUGCUUUCAGCCUUCUUACACUCAAAGUUAACUAGUAUGUUAAGUCCAUGUGUGCAAUUAUAGUUGUAAACUAUAAAUCUGUUUAGUCACAAUUCCUGUUUUAGUCAUAUGAUGGUCACAUUGUUUCCUCAUCAGAACAAAUAGCAGGAAGUAGGAAGGUGUCGGUUGGUUACAUAUGUCAGCAAAAAAAGUUUUGUUGAUGCAGAUUCAAAUGUGGCAUGUCUCAUAUUUUGUGCAGAUGUGCACAUUAUCAACAUUUCUUCCAUUAAAGUCAAUCUGAUCAAGACUAAUGAAACGAGUAUGAUGAAACUGUUCCCCAAAAUGAAUGCCGCCGCUCUCACUUCAGUGUUGUUAAGGUGCUUGUUAUCAGAACACCAACCUGUGCAUUGUAACGUAUAAAAAGUCAUUUGUUUGUAAAAACAUCACCCGUCUUUUUGCAAGUAAACAUACAUGUAUUA